AUGGCCCCGGUGUCUGCAAUCGAGCAAUUAGCGAAUCCGCUGGUCACCUCCAAACAACUGCUCAAUUUCAAGAGCCUCGAGAACGAAGAAGACCAGUCUCUUCAUUUCGCCCAGUGUCAACUCACCUAUGCGGCCGGUAUUCUACUUCGCCUUUCGCAAGAAGUCAUAGCCCAAGCCAUUGUGCUGCUUCAGAGAUUUCUCGUCGCGAGCAUAUCAGAGGAGCGCGAAGGUUUCAGUGCAAAAACGUGCUCUGCUGCGGCCAUCUUCCUUACCUCCAAGAUCUCUCCUACACCCGUCUCCCCUCGAUCGGUAGUCAACGUCUAUGCCUACCUUACCUCAAAAGCCUCUCCACUUGGAUUUAUCAAUGUUGACGGAGUACCUUCGCAAGUCGAGCCUAAGGACUAUUAUGUAACAGAAGGGACAUACGAGAAGGAACGCCAGCGCCUCUUUGUUUGUGAGAGCAUGAUUAUAGCUGGCAUUGGUUUCGAUACGCGAGUGUCUCUGCCACACGGUCUGGCUUUGACAUACUUGAAUGCCUUGGGGGUCUCAUCGGAGGGUGUCUACAAGAGAGUAUUCGAACAUCUGAACGCUGGACUACUGUCGCCCCAGUUACUAUACCUUACUCACCAACCGAACGCUUUGGCGGUCGGCGCAAUAUACCUUGCUGCCCGAGAAACCGACACCAAGCUGGUGGAACAGAAUUGGUGGGAGGUUUUUGACGUCGACAGGGAAGACCUUGGAUUUUUGGUUCUAGCGUAUGGGAGUAUUGCCAACUUUGCAAAAAGCGAAUUCGAAAAAUGGAAGCAAGGUCCUCUUCUGUUACAGUAA